GCAGCAUGAGGAACACAAGUUGAGAGCAGGGAGGAGAAUACAUACAAGCAAACAGAUUACGCAUAAGGCAGGCGACGUGACGGAAGGAGCUGACAACAGUCCACCAACGUUGACCGUCCAAACAAAUCAAUAACAAUAAGCAUUCCGAUUCUAGGGUGUUUUUGAUCCAUUUUCUCGUUAGAAUGAUGGAGAGUUUCUUCCAUAAGCUAAAGAGUUUGGACGCCUAUCCCAAAAUCAACGAGGAUUUCUACCGCCGUACAUUCUCCGGCGGCGUUAUUACUCUCGUCUCCUCUCUUGCUAUGCUCCUCCUCUUUUUCUCUGAAUUCAGAUUAUACUUGCACUCAGUUACUGAGACGAAGCUUUUAGUGGAUACCUCUAGAGGGGAGACUCUACGCAUUAAUUUUGAUGUUACUUUUCCUGCCAUACCAUGUUCAUUUCUCAGUCUUGAUGCUGUGGAUAUCAGUGGGGAGCAACAUCUUGAUAUUAGACAUGAUAUAUUUAAGAAAAGGAUUGAUUCUUCUGGUAAAGAACUAGAAGUCAAGAAAGAUGUAAUUGGUGCACCAAAGAUUGAAAAGCCGUUGCAGAGACAUGGUGGCAGGCUUGAACACAAUGAACAAUAUUGUGGUUCAUGUUAUGGUGCAGAAAAGUCAGAUGAUGAUUGUUGUAAUACAUGUGAGGAUGUUCGUGAAGCAUACAGGACAAAAGGUUGGGCACUGACAAAUGUGGAUUUGAUUGACCAGUGCAAGCGAGAGGGCUUUAUUGAGAAGAUAAAAAGUGAAGAUGGUGAAGGAUGUCAAAUCCAUGGAUCUUUAGAAGUCAAUAAAGUGGCUGGGAAUUUUCAUUUUUCACCUGGGAAAAGCUUUCACCAGUCUAAUAUUGAUAUCCUCAAUGUGUUGGCUUCUCCAAAAGAUAAAUAUAAUAUAAGUCACAAGGUCAAUAAGUUAACUUUUGGUGACCACUUCCCUGGCAUGGUGAAUCCUUUGGAUGGAGUUCAAUGGGGGCAUGAAAGACCAUAUGGUAUGUACCAAUAUUUCAUCAAGGUGGUCCCUACAAUAUACACUAACACCAGAGGUUACACUAUCCAGUCAAAUCAGUACUCUGUGACAGAGCACUUAAGGGUUUCAGAACUGAUUCACUCUGAUUCACAUUUUGGAGUGUUCUUCUUUUAUGAUUUUUCUCCCAUUAAGGUGACCUAUAAAGAGGAACAUAUUUCAUUCUUACACUUUCUGACAAAUAUUUGUGCUGUAAUUGGAGGUAUUUUUGCUGUUGCUGGAAUAGUAGAUUCAUUUAUAUAUCAUGGUAAAAAAAGACUCAAGAAGCAGAUGUAAAUUGGGAAGUUGAGAUGAUAAUUUUGAGGUUUGGUUGUAAAACUCCAAUAUCAUCUGGGGGUGCUUUUUCAAGUAGCAUUUUAUAGAUGGUCUAAAAAUGGAGUUAGAAUUUCUCGUGUUGAUUUUUGAUCACAAUACCAUGGACGAUAUACUUUUUCAGGUAGGUGAAAAAAAAAAGUGGAGUUGGAAUUUUUGUGUUGAUUUUUUUUUUUUUUUUUUAAUCACAGUUCCUUAGACAAUAUACUGAUAAUGUUUCUUCAGUUUCAGUCAAUGAUUUGAUUUGGGUUUCGGUAAA